AUGGACGAGGGACAGCCACCACCCGAAGACGUGGUUGCCCCUCACACAGGCGCUCCACUCAAACGCCCACGAGCUGACUCGGAAAGUACGGCGUCGAUCGAGUCCAACCGCUCUGCCCGCACUUUGGCUUCGGACGAUUUGGAAUAUUUCCAUGAGAAUGGACGAACAUACGGCAACGAGACAUACUAUCUGCCAUGUGUGUACAAGCCACAUAACGAUUUCAUAGAACAGGAUCGUUUGUCUUUACAACAUGAAGUCUUCGUUCGAGCACUUCACGGCAAGCUUACCACUGCGAAAUUAUUGCCCACCACGCGAAGGAUCCUCGACUUGGGUACAGGUCCAGGUCACUGGGCUGUUGCCAUGGCGCGUCAAUACCCACAGGCGGAAGUCGUCGGGAUAGAUAUGACUGAAUGGGAUAUUGAUACCACUGAAGCCACGUUAGGCGAUGCCAGUGUGACAUGGGAGCUGGACGAUCUCGACGUCUGGGGAAAAGAAAUGGACGUUGACGAGCUGAUCAAUCAGCUCUCGACUCUCGACUUGGCUACCGAAAUGGCUCAUCGGAAUCCGGUUGAGUCGCUCAGGAAGCCAAAAUCAACAGUUGACCUGAAUCAACGUGGAGGAUCAAGUACUCCAGAAGAGUCUCUGACUAUUGACCUCUCGACUCUCACCCCCCAACCCGAACCCGGCUGGCAUUUUAGCGAUUCUUUCGAACUCAUACAUCUACGAAACAUGAAAGGCUCCUUCACUCAUUGGGAAGAAGUCUAUGCAGAAAUAUAUAAGAGCCUCUCGCCCGGCGGGUGCAUUGAACUUGCAGAUUGGGAUCUGGGCCAGGUGCCACUGGGUCCGGGUGAGAUUACAGCAGCAAACAUACCCAUGCCUACUCUUCGUAAACUGUAUGUGGCGUUUAUGGAAGCAUCGUUCAAGUCUGGUCGUCCGCUCGGCCUCUUCUACAUGCAUCACACUUAUCUCGAAGAAGCGGGAUUUGAAGACAUUCGAACAACCCACGUCAAUGUCCCAGUCGGGCGAUGGCCACAGGACGAGGCGCAAAAGUCGCUUGGUAAGAUGAUGUUUGUGUUGGGUAUGGAGAUGUUUGAACCGGUCUGCUUGCGCCUCUUGACGACAUGGGGUAGUAAGAGCAGGGUCUGGACUGCCGAAGAGGUCAGGGCAGAUAUUGCAGUGGCACAACAGGAAGUCAAAGAAUAUGUCGAGCGAUCCGAACGUGGAGAGGUGGAAGGCUGGUGUGCAAGCUUCAAGUGGGUUACUGCCAGGAAAAGCUGGCACGCUGAGAAGUGA